UCAGCUGCUCGUCGAAGCGGCUGUCGGACGGUCGUUUGUCAGCGAGCCUGUCUACGAUGUAGCGGCCAUUUUUGUUCUUAGUUCAUAAUAGCGUGCGCAUAUUUAAUGUAUUUAGAGGGAUAUUUAGGAUUUUUUCACGAUGACUAUUAUAGUCUUUUUAAUAGAUACAUCUGCUUCCAUGAAUCAAAGAGCUUAUUUGGGCGGACGCCCAACAUUGCUCGAUGUAGCCAAGGGCGCUGUGGAAACGUUCGUAAAGGUACGUCAGCGUUCUCCUGAGAGCAGAGGGGACAGGUAUAUGCUUCUAACUUUCGAAGAGCCACCCGCGAACAUCAAGGCAGGCUGGAAGGAGAAUUUAGCAACAUUCAUAAAUGAAUUGAAAAAUUUACAAUGCCUAGGCCUGACAACUAUGGGAGCAGCUUUGAAGCAUGCAUUUGAUGUUUUGAAUAUUAACCGCAUGCAAACUGGAAUAGAUACAUAUGGACAAGGCCGGUGUCCCUUCUACAAUGAGCCCUCUGUUAUAGUUGUUAUUACUGAUGGAGGAAAACUUUCAUGCAAUGCUGGCAUUCAGGAAGAAUUUAAUCUACCAAUGAACUGCCCUAUUCCUGGGUCUGAGCUGACCAGGGAGCCUUUCCGAUGGGACCAAAGACUGUUCUCGUUGGUGCUGAGAUUGGCCGGAACACCUGCUGUGGAGAGGGACACUGGCCUUGUGCCUUCAGACUCUUCACCUAUUGAUGCCAUGUGUGAAGUGACGGGAGGUCGAUCAUACUGUAUCACCUCCCAUCGCAUGCUCAUGCAGUGCAUUGACAGUUUAGUGCAGAAGGUGCAGAGUGGUGUAGUGAUUAAUUUUGAAAAGAUAGGACCCGACCCACCGCCCAUUGAUGGUGGUAACAAUAGGGAAGGUGGUGACCAAAGUGACGAGGUCAGUCAUGAUGCAGACAAGGAUAUGGAAUGUGACGGUGAUAGGAACGGGCGUUGGAAUGGUGGUCCGUAUCAAACGGGCCUUACCCCCAACCAGGGUUCGAGUGCGCCUCAAGCAUGGCACUCGUGUCGUCGCCUUAUUUACGUACCAAGGACAGUUGCACAGAAGGGCUUCGCUGUAGGGUUUUGGCCCAUACCGGAGUCUUUUCGACCGGAUCCCAAUGCUCCUACACUGCCACCACGUUCAGCACAUCCAGUAGUCAAGUUUACUUGCUCCAGUCAAGAGCCCAUGGUGAUUGACAAUUUACCUUUUGACAAAUAUGAACUGGAACCUAGCCCUUUGACGCAAUUCAUUCUGGCCAGGAAACAGCCGACUAUAUGCUGGCAGGUGUUCGUUGCGAAUAGUGGCUGUAAGAAUUCAGAAGUCAGUCAUCCAUUUGGCUAUUUAAAAGCAUCGACAAACUUAACUUGUGUCAAUCUAUUUGUGUUGCCGUACAAUUAUCCAGUAUUACUACCUCUACUUGACGACCUGUUUAAACAGCAUCGUUGCAAGCCCACUCCAGAAUGGAAACAAGCGUUUCAGCAAUAUUUAGACAGGAUGCCUUCAUAUUAUGUUGCACCUUUACGUAGAGCCCUCACAAAGAUGGGUGCCUCAACACCGCUACUGCAGAGUUUGAUUCCUGAUAUGCAAGACAACUCGCUCAGCUUUUCUGUAUUGAACUAUUUGAAAAGACUGAAAAAUCAAGCUAAGAUUGAAUUUGAUAAGCUGUGUGCUGAUGUCAUCAAUAAAGCUUCUAGUAGUAAUAAUCAGAAGAUAGCGGAAAGCGUGCGUGUGAUGCCUCGUUCUCCUCUGAAGAAGGAGCUAACAACGCACCCGUGCCUGCAGGACAAGUUCUUAGCACUGCGUGAUCAACUUAACGAGUUUGGUGGUUUCGUCGUGGGCCUGUCGCGCGGCCGCCACAAGACACAGGCGCAUACAUAUCGAAAUCCCUUUGACAUUCAGAGGAGGGAUCUAUUAGACCAGGUAGUACGCAUGCGUGCGAAUUUCCUGCAGCCGUCGCUGGCGCACACACGGCUUGUGGACGAGGAUAGCGUGCACUCGAUGCCGGUCGCGCAGAUGGGCAACUACCAGGAGUAUCUCAAGCGGAUGACGCCGCAGUUGCGCGAGAUUGAGUCCCAGCCAGUGCGACAGCACAUGUUCGGAAACCCAUUUAAGAUUGAUAAGCGAAUGAUGGUCGACGAAGCGGACGUGGAUCCCGUAGGCGCGGUGCGCAGUGGCGGCGGCGGUGUAGGCGCGGGCGGCAAGCGUGGCGCUGAAAGUCCUCGAGCGGCGCCGCCGAAACGCAAGGCCGGUCCGCUGCCGCAGCACGUGGUGGCGCGGCGUCCGUCUUCGCCGGCGCCCCCGUCGCCGCUGCCGCCGGCGCCGCACAGUCCGCCGACGCCGCCGCCCGCGCCCGCGCCGCCGCCGCCGGCGCCGCUGGCGCCGCUGUCGCCGGUGUCCUUGCGGCGGCCGGCGUCGCCCCUCGCCCCCGUUCCGUCGGACCUGCCUUCUGGUCGCCCGCCUGAGGAGCCGCCUAAUGUAGAGUCAAGCGGAGCGCCGCCACCGCCACCACCUGUGGUCGCGGCGCCUACGAACCUACCGCCUGUUAUCAAACCAUUCCUGAAUGGAGACGCUUACACUACGAUGGGGAGCAAGGUGUCACGGUCUCCGUCCCCGCCUGAUCAGGAUUCGCAGGAGUUGCAGAUAAACGCCAUUCUGCAAGGCAUAGCCGCGGAGAAUGCAUACCCGAGACCGAAGAAGCGGAAACGGAAGAGCGACAAGCCGACAGCACCGCCAUUGGUCGCCCAACUUUCCCGAAAGGAGCUGGCGGAUAUCAAAAAGCAUAAUAUGGACGUACGAGCAGAAGUAUAUCGCGCAGUCCGACGUCCAGGCAGAGAUUUCUCGAAACUGUUCGAAAAUUUAAAGCAAUUAAAAGGUAGUGUAGAUAUUAAGAAGGAGGUGAUACGGGACAUUAUAAAUGAAUCGUUAAGGUUUAAACGGAAGGCUCUCGCUAAAUUAUUAGAAGACUUCGUGGUGGGCCUCGAAAAGAAUGGUAACAGUGCCUCAGUCAACAUGAAGACAUUUACAAAUGCUUUAUAUAGCAACGCCAAACAUAGCUAGUGAAGAUGAUCAGAGACAUCUGUUAGUAGUUAUUGGAGUCAGGAAUAUCAGUCUCGGUACAGGAAUGUGUGGCGGUCACAACUUCAACAACUAAUAGAACCAGUGCUUAUGUACACAAGUGGUAUACGAUUCCAUUUUUAAAUUAGUAAUCAGUAGUUUUUUAUAGCUAAAAAUCGGAGUUAAUUUAAUACAAAUGAAGUAAAUUUUUUGUUGUUACACGUUGUCAAAUUUGCUAUGCCAAAAUCUGCUAUCAACACGGUGGCGAUGGUUGGUGCCAAAAACUUCGAGGCAUAAGGGGCCAUUAAUAUUUUAAUUACGUCGCACGUUAAAAGAAAUAUUGUUAUUGUGUUAUUAGAUGUGGCAUGGGUCCUAAAUUUCAUGACGUCUUAUUUCCUAAUCUAAUAGAAUAAGUAUAAAACACGAAAUUCGAACUAUAUUCAAAGGAAACUUGAAUAAUAUUUUCAUAAUAUUUAAAUAUGGUGUGUCACAAAUGCGACCAGAUGAGACUAGCACGAUUAAAAACAUGAAAUUCGUAUGACGUAAUUUAUAAAUGGCCCCUAAUGUGGCAUUCAUUAUCCGUCUACUAUUUGGUGAGUGAUGAUGCUACCGCGAUGAAUUGGUGUGGAAUGUACUCACUAGUUCUUUUCGUGUCCAGUGUUGGUAUGAAGAAUUUGGCUCAGCAUAUGUGUUACCUGUAAUAAACUAUACCGCGAGUCUUGCAACGUAUUACUGAAAAAAAGACGAAAUAAUUAAAAAAAAAAAAGAUUUAGAAGUUAUUACAUUAUUUUAACUUGAUCACAAAAUUGUCUGAGUUUAUCUGAAAACUAGAAAAUUGAUAUUAAGUAAUAUAAUAUUAGGAGAAAUUAAAAUAUUAAAUAAUAGUGGUAGAAUUUGAGCUGAAUAUUGUAAAUUUGUUUACAAUUAUAAUGAUUAGCAGGGUGCGCAAUGCUACCUUAUUUUAUAAACGCUCAAGGAUGUAUGUAUAAAUAUAUUUUUUAAUUAUACAUAAGAAAAACAUUACACAAACUACCAUUAUUUGACACACACACGCAAAUACACUUUUGUUUAUUGUUAGUCUGUGGUCAAAUUGAGAAUAGAUUAGUAUUGUUUGUCUUUAAAAUUAUUUGUCUUCAGUUUUACUGAAUGUUAAAUUAAUUAUGGUCGAAAUUCGACCACUAGUACGUAUAAAAUGGCACGCGUAUUUUUUUCACAAAAAUUGACAAAUAGAUAAGCUUAUGAUCCGCCUAAUAGUAGUAACACAUACAGUACGUUCAUUUUCUAGUUGUGAGAAGGAAGGUUUUACUUUGCUAAGAUGAAGGGGUAUAAAAAUAUUUUGGAAAUGGAAUUAUGUGCUACUUGUUUAUGCGCCUUUAUGAGAAUUAAAUGUCGAAUUGUUUCGUUGAUAUUGGAGUGCCAACUAUUUUAAUCAUGAGUGUUCCAGAAAUAGAAAUGAAUCCUGUUUGGAUAAUAAAUCUACACGGUUACCUGUUAAAUAAUGUGUAUGGAUUAGCCUUUUUAUUUAUGGAUUUAAAAAAAAAUGUCUAUGUUUAAAGAAUAUUGCGAUUUUUAUAAGGAUAACUACUUUUAAAAAUCAUUUUAUUAACUAUGGUUGGUAUGGUGGUUUUAUUGUAUAAAAUAAAUAGUAACUGUAAUUGUAAAUUAGUUUACAGAUUGUGGGUUAUAAUAUCAUUUGUUUUAUAUCUAGUCAAGUUGUGUGGUAAAAAUUAAUUGAAAAUCUUUUGAGCUUUUUCAAUAGAUUAUUAUGUUCUUCAUACUAAUUAGAUGUUGAAACAAAUGUAGAUUUUUAUACGAAUGUACUAUUGUAAAUGGUAAUAAUAUUUUAAAAACAUUUAAUUUGUAAAAGUUAAACUGUUAUCUAAUUACAGUUACAAUUUUAAAUUAUUUCAUACUUUGUAAUUCAAGGUGGAUUUAUAUGUAUGCAAAAUGUUACAUUAAUGACAUAACCAUAAAAAUCACUGUACAUUAAAUGUGAAGUAAACUAUUUCAGUGUUUAUAGUAGUUUGCACUCCAAAAGGAUAUAAAAUUAAUUUUAUUUGAAAUACUUUAAUUUAUGUACUUACUGUUUUUCUCGCUUAUUUUAUAGACUGGUACAUCACGAUAAGUUUUAUAACACUUACUUGUAUUCGUUGUAUUGUUUAAUCACUAAUAAAGAAAAUUGCAAACAAACAAAAGUUUUCCAGUAUUAUCAAAUAGUAAUUCCAACUCUUGCACUCACAAUCGCAUUGUUAAAGUCAGUAUUUUAUAUUGACUGGUAUGCUUUUAGAUUUUUUGUAGUUCAUAUUUUGGGUGUAGAUUAAAUUGAAUAGGACUGCCUGGUGUGAAUUAUGAAUUCAAGACACUUGAUAUACUCGAAUAUAAUUUAUUACACACAUUUUGUAGUUCUGGAUUAUUGACUGGUAUGUUUUUUAGUAUUUUUUUGUUCGCGUCUAUUUAUAUUCUGGAUUAUAAAUUACUAAAUAGGGUUCCAAUGUAUUAAUUAUUAAAUUCAAAAAGCUUAAUAUACACGAACGUAAUUUAUUGCACAAGUUCCAUAAUUCUUGAUUAGGUUAUAAUCCAUUUGCUCGUACAUAAAUCCCAUAUCAGAGCUUAUUUCUAUCCAUUGUGAAUAAUAUAAUACCACGUUACCAAUCAAGUUUUGCACACAUCGAUAUAACUAUAUUUGCAUGCAAUUAUCCUUAUAUUAUUAUUUCUCAUUCAAAUUAAGUUUAUUACUGUAACGUUUGAGUUUAUUGUAAUAUUUUGCAUCAAGCCUGCUCGUGAGUUCGUCAAAAAUUCCAGUGUAUUUAUUAUUAUUUUUAUUUAUUGACGAUAACAGGCGUCGAACGGCCGCCUCUUUCCGUGUGUAUGUCAUUGCUUAGUGAUAAUUUAAAAAGAAACAUAACUGUCAAUAAAUAAGUUUUCAUGAAGUGCAAUAGAAUAAAUCUUGUGACCUAAACGAUCUUACUAUAUUAGUAUUUGGUUGCGAGAUUCGUGAUUAACAUUCAUAUCACAAAGACGAAAA